CGAUCUAAGCAUCGACGAAGAAGAAGAGGCACCAAAAAGAAAAACGCUAAAUUCGGACAACAAAGCAGAAAAACCAUAAUAUUCCCCGGCAAACGCAUACAAAUCAGCCAAAACGGAGGCGCGCAGGCUAGCGGAGAUCGCGGCGAUGGAGAAGAAGGCAUCGCUGCGCCGCUACAAGAAGGCCGCCCGGCACAGUGCGACGCACUCGAGCAGCUCGGACUCCACCUCGGACUCGGACAGCGGAAGCAGCUCCUACAGCAGCACGGACAGCGAGCAGGGCGUGGGCGGCGGCGGUGUGGGCGGACCGGGUGGCGUCGGCGGACCCGGUGGCGGCGUCCACGGCCACCCACAUCCGCACGGCCAUGGGCAUCAUCCGCGGUCCGCGGAGCGCCAUCAUCGCAAGAAGAAGAGCUCGCGGCGUGGCGGCAGCUCAUCCGGUGAGGAGCCGUCGCGUCGCAAGCGGGACAAGCGAGACCAUGUCCAAAAGAAACUGGUGGCCAAGCGGAAUCACAUCAAGCGCAAGUUGAAGGAGGCGCGCCUGAAGAAGCGGGCUGCCGCCGCCCUAAGUGGCCAUGUCCAUCGCUCCCUCUCGCCGACCACCCGGGCCAAGCUAAAGAAGCUGGCGGAACGGAAACGGCUGAGGGCCGCCAGCAAGGAGCAGCGGGAGCGGGACAAACUGAGGGCAGUCCAACGGGACAGGGAGCGCGACCACCACCGACUGGGCAGCAGCAGGAGUCCGCCGAGCAGUAGCACCACCACCACCACGAAGAUACGCAUCCAUCAGGACAUCGUAGGCAAGCGGCAAAAGAGUCCAGGUUUGGGCUCAGGACUUGGAGGCGGAGGUAGCAGCUCAUCCUCGCGCAUGCACCACCAGCUGAUGUCGCGCGAGAAGAUCAUCAUCCAGACGCGAGCACGCGGACGCACUCCUUCGCUGGAGAGGGAACGCGAGCGGGAGCGCGAGCGCGAACGGGAAAGGGAACGGGAACGCCAUGAUCUGUCCUUGCGAGAGCGCGAUCGUCGGGAUCGGGAACGCGAGCGAGCGGAGCGGGAGGCAGCCAGGGACAAGGAGCGCGCUGAGGCAUUGGCGCGCUGCCAGGAGCGCCAGCGGGAGCGGGAACGCUUGGCCCGCGAGAAACUGCGUCGCCAGGAGGAGGAGGAGGGUGGCAAGCGGGGCGGUCCCGGCCGCGACUUGGAUCUGCCGCCCUAUGGCAGUCGGGAGCGAUCACUGGACACCGUCGAAAGGGAACGGGAGCGAGAGCGCGGUGGUCGUCAUGUGCGCGACAAGCGUGAGUUGGAUCCCUAUGAGCGGGAGCAGGAAUAUCUGGAGGAGCGACAUAGCCACGGGCUGAUGGACGAGAUGCGGAGGUAUCGGCGCAGGGAUAUCAGUCCACUGCCCGAGCACUAUGCGCCCAGGUUGCGGGAUCCCCGCGAAAUGUACUCCGAAGAGGAACGAGAGAGGGCCUACAAGCGCGCCUAUCUGGAUGCCCGCUACUCCUCGCGGGAACGUGAGGCCUGGCUGGAGGCACGCGAGCUGCGAGACCGAGAGUUGCAAGGACGCGAGUACCGCGACCUGGAGACGGAGGAUGGCCUGUAUCCGGACGAGCGGGAGCGCCUGAUCCGCGACAGGGAACGGGAUCGGGAGCGAGAACGCGACCGGGAGAGGGAACGCAACAUUGGACCCCGUGGCGACUUCCGCCCGGAAUGGGAGCGCGACUGGGACGAGGAGGGUGGCGGCGGCGGCGGUCCGGGCGGUGGUCCUAGUGGAACCCCGGGACGACCCAGUGGCUUCGUGGGCGGACCCAAGCGAGGCAAGCCCCCCACGCAUCCGGGCGGAGGACCUCCGUCGCAGCAGCAGCACCACUCCGCAUCGGAGCCCGACUGGGACGCCGACGAGCGGGAGCGGGAGCGCGAGAGGGAAAGGGAGCGAGAGCGCGAUCGGGAACGCGAGAGGGAUCGCGAGGAUCGUCCGGACGGAGGAGUGGGCGGUGUUGGCAAUGACAGACCCUCCAUUAAGAACGAGCCCGCUUGGCUGGAGCACGAUCAGCGGGAGAAGCCCCGCGCCUGGCAGCAGCAGCAGCAGUCGUCCAACUCUGGCGGUGAUUGGCGGGAUAACGACGAUGCCCCACCAGCCUCCCCGCACCACCAUGUGCAUCCGCGAGGCGAAAGAGGAUCCGGCAGGGGCUUCCGACGCGGUGGCCACGGUCAUGGCGAUCACGGCGAGCGACCCGGCUACCGAUCCCAUCCACCUCCGCUGAUGACGUUGCCCGUGCAGCCGCCUGGCGGCUAUUCCCGGGGAUUUCCUCACAAGAGGCUGCCCUACGGCGGUGGUGGCAGAGAUGGCGGCGGACUGGGUGGGAGGGAUGGAGGACCACCCGGCUCAUCCGGCUUCCUCAAGAAGCACAUCCACACACCGUUGGUCUCGCCCACGCAGACGCCGCUGCUGAACCCGCUCCUCAAUCCCGGCAAGCCCAAUGCAGCCGCACAGGCGAGCGCUGUGGCAGCGGCAACCACCGCAGUGGCAGCGGCCAAGGCGGCGGCUCAAAGUGCAGCCAAUGCCACCACAAAUCCCGGAAUACUCGCUCAGGUGAGCAAACUGAACACGGUCUGCAUCAAGCAGGAAGAUGCCUCAGAAGACUCGGCAGGCACACCGGAGCUCGGCGCCCAGGAUUCACCUGCCCAGAAUCUGAACCAUUCGCUAACCUCCGAGGGCAAUCCUGUGAAGCUGGAGCCACUGCGUACCAGCGCCGUCGAGGGCGAGCUAAGCGAGAUUAGCGACAGCGACGAUGACAUCCUGAAUAAGACAGACAAGGUGCGACCUAAGAGCGAACUGCCAACAGAGAUUGAUCAGGAAAUGGACAUCAAUGCUGAUGAGGUCAAGAACGAGGGCCUCCAUGGCGUAGCCGGUCAUCCGAUUAAGGGCGAGGAGGUGGACGAAGUUCUGGACUUUGAAGAGAUAUCCGAUGGCGAGCUGGAGGAGGAUGCUCGACACAAAGGCAUUGGCGAUGCUCUGGGCGUGGACUGGCAGGGAUUGAUAGCGGAGACCCGCCAGCAGGCCUCCGAGGCGCAGGCGGCGCAGCAGGGCGUGGACCGGGGCACAUCCGCCAAGCAGCGUUGGCAGCCCCAUCGCGUGCUCCUCGACAUGGGCAUAUCGUUCGGAAUGGCGGGAGAGGGCUACGCCCGUCGCGUGAUGGAGGAGGCCCGCCAGCAGUUGAUCAAGGAGAAGGAGCAGUGCCAGCAGCGUGAGAGGGAGCGCGAUCUGGAUGGAGACCUGGAGCCGCCGGCCAAGAUCUCCUCGCCGCUGCUUGACUACCGCGAGUUGCUGGCCAGUCAGCAGCAACUGGAGCCACUGGCUUGCGUGCAGAUGGGUCUCCGGAGCGCAGCCGCCGAACGCCAGCGAUUAGUGGGCAAUGUCUGCGGUCCGGGGAGUCGGGCCUUGAGUGCUCGCCAGGAUUUGCGACUGCGCCGCCAGCUGUGCGGUCUGCCUGCCAGAGAGUGCGAGUUCCCACGCAGUGUUCCCAUCGUGGGCGACGGACUGCGCAACCUGGCCAUGCAAAUGUUCCAGCGCAGUCUUCUGGAUGUCAAAUGAGAUCCGAUGUCCGGCGAGACGGAGAGGCGGCACCGCAAGCCACGUCACUAUCGACUGGAUAUACAGAUCUUCAUGGGCGGCCAGCAGACCAGAGGCCGCGGGCGUGAGCGUUACUAAUCGAUUGUUAGCAGCUAGCAGCAAGUUUGAUUCUUAAAAUACAUCUUGAUGUGGAUUCCUCUCCUAAUAUUAAAAUUGUGAAUAUCACCUGCAUAAAUAUAUGUUCUAAAUAAAAGUUAUGGUCGGGAGGCCUAGUGUCUAAAAUA